GGGUCACUCUGGUGACGCCCUGCCUGGGGGGCUCGGGGCGCGGGCCUGCGUGACCUUGGGUUUGCCUCCGGGAAUGCGCCGGAUAGAUGUGCGGUGCGGAUACUGCGCAGCGCCGGGGGUCGCGGUCCCUGGCGGCUUCCUGCACGGAUGAGUGCUUGGGAUUUCCAUGUGUUUUUGCUGAACUUGUAAAGGAGAGACCUGGAUGGUGGAUUAACAAGAGCACUGACCUGGGGGCAGCCUCAUAGCUGAGAACAUUGGAUUUUCACCCUAGUCCAGCAGCUCUGCUGCUCACAUAGAUACAGAUGAAUGAAGACCCCAUUCGGGAAGACACCUGGCCAGCGGCCCAGAGCUGAUGCAGGCCAUGCUGGAGUAUCUGCAAACAUGAUGAAGAAGAGGACAUCUCACAAAAAACAUCGGACCAGUGUGGGACCAAGCAAGCCUGUGUCCCAGCCCCGGCGGAACAUCGUAGGCUGCAGGAUCCAGCAUGGGUGGAGAGAGGGCAACGGCCCUGUCACCCAGUGGAAGGGGACUGUCCUGGACCAGGUGCCUGUGAACCCUUCCCUGUAUCUUAUAAAGUAUGACGGAUUUGACUGUGUUUAUGGACUAGAACUUAAUAAAGAUGAAAGAGUUUCUGCGCUUGAAGUCCUCCCUGACAGAGUUGCAACAUCUCGGAUCAGCGAUGCACACUUAGCGGACACAAUGAUUGGCAAAGCAGUGGAGCACAUGUUUGAAACAGAGGACGGCUCUAAAGAUGAGUGGAGGGGAAUGGUCUUGGCACGGGCACCUGUCAUGAACACGUGGUUUUACAUCACCUAUGAGAAAGACCCUGUCUUGUACAUGUACCAGCUCCUAGACGACUACAAAGAAGGUGACCUCCGCAUCAUGCCCGACUCCAAUGAUUCGCCUCCAGCAGAAAGGGAGCCAGGAGAAGUUGUGGACAGCCUGGUAGGCAAGCAAGUGGAAUAUGCCAAAGAAGAUGGCUCGAAAAGGACUGGCAUGGUCAUCCAUCAAGUAGAGGCCAAGCCCUCUGUCUAUUUCAUCAAAUUUGAUGACGACUUCCAUAUUUACGUCUACGAUUUGGUGAAAACAUCCUAGAUGUCAUCAUAAACUUUGCCAAAUUUGUGGAACUAUUAAAUGUAUAAUUUGUAGACAUAAAGACUUGACUGCUUUCCAGUUUAAUGAAAGCUUAGAUGUCCCUGCGAACCCACAAUCUCCACCAGCAGAGCUGGUGUUGUUCUGAAUAGUGCAGACUGAUUCGAACACAAGGCAUCUGGGAGGGGAGUCCUCCCUCUUCAAAGCAUCUGUGAGAGGGGUCUCCCUCUUACAAGAAGGCUGUCUGUUGGGGGUUACAAGCAAGGUGGUAAAAGUUAAGCUAGUAUCAUAGUCAUUUAAACCUGGAUAGGUUGUAACCAUUUUCCCUUCACUCUGACACUGUCUUAUUCUGCUGCCACAAUGCAAGCAUAGUUUGUUAUUUUUGUUACUGCCUUUUUUGAGAGAUUAUGUAUCUAUAUAGCUACCUGUCUAGAUCUGCAUCUGUGUGCCUAUGUAUAUAUUAUACACACACAGAGGCACUCACCGCUGGCACUCCUUUCUUGCGGAUUGGAGUGGGGGUGAUAAUGUUUUCUCCAGUUCAACAGGAGUGCUUGACCCAAGUCAGUCAUAUUUAUAAUAUGCCUGCUCUUUGUUUAAAAUUACAUUUGGGCACAGGAAGCACACAGAGACAUUUAGGUUGUUUCAAAAGUCAGAAUUUCUAAGUACCAUUUCAACCUGGAGGCUUUUAGCUGAGUCCAGGUACAAAUUAGCCAUAAACAGUCAGUGACCCACAGUAGAAUUUAGUAAACUGUUGAGAAAUCUGGGUAAAAGGCUGCCUUCAAUUCUAAGCUUUGUUUUUUUUUUUUGUUUUUUUGUUUUUUGUUAUUGUUGUUAUUUGUUUGUUUCUGUUGUUAUUGUUUACUCUUUAAUCGUAAGUACUUUUAAAAUAGAACCCAGGUCCUUGGUUCACAUGGAAUAAUAGAGAAUGCUUUUAGACGGCACAUUGGUCCAUGUGUACACACCUGUCAUCAGGAUCUUAGUACAUGGACUUAAAAGGCAACAAUACACCAAUGGUUUGUGUAUGUGAUAAAUUUCUGCAAGAACAGUGCAUUUGUAUUAGAAAAGUUUUAAGUAUGGCCUUGUUGCCCUCUAUCAAGUUCUCUGGGACUUUUAAUUUUAUUACUACUAAUUGUUGUAUAUGAUUAUGGUCAGAAGGCCUCUUCUCCCCUUCCUUACUCACUCCCGCUCCUCCUGGCUUUCCCCCACAGAAAAUGUUAGACCAAUAUGGCUUCUUGCCUUGCCCCUGUUGUGGCAGUGUCUGUUCUUGCUCCAAGUGUGCUAUUCAUGCAGGUUUAUUCCCUCCGUGGCCUCUGGGCUUUGCAUGUCUAUGAUGUGUCACAGGAAGGGCAUCCUUGCUGGUUAUGGGUGGAUCGCAGCUCUUCACCAUCAAGUGCAUUCAUGAUUUGUUCCUGUGAGGUUGUGUGGAGCUGAACUAGAACUGAAGUGCAGUUGCUUGACUAGCCAGACGUCUGCUUGCUCUCACUUUGUUCUGGAAGAACCCUGGUAGCUUAUCAGCUGGGAGAAAGAUGGUUUGUAAAACCAGUUCUCAUGGAGGUUGGAAAUUGUAUCUGUGGCUGGACAGUCUUGGGUGCUGUCAAGCAAACACCAGAGGCUUGGCCAAGUGUGGUUAUGCUUACCUAGUUGGGGUUCUUCCUGAUGCAAGAAAUUAUUCACGGUUCAAGGCGCAUGGUUAUUGAAUAUCUAUUUAGUCUUCACAGAGGCUUACCGCCUUAUGCUGCUGGGUGGUCACAACUGCUCACCAUGUGAACACAGUACCUCAGUUCUGUCCCUGGCUGCAGUCACCAUGUGCUUAGUGUUUUCUCAUAGGCACCAGGGACAAGCUUCUCAAUGCAGUGUGAUAGAUAUACCCUAGUCUUUGGUUCCUCUAGUAUAUGUGACCAGGUGUCCUGCAUGUAAAUCUCCAAGCUGAGUCUGACUCUUCAGCCCAUACUGGUAUAUGUGGCACAAGUGGGUGAGUGUGUCCUGCAUGCACCGUUAGGGUGCAGAACAUGGCAGGGUGACUGGAAAGUAAAAUUCCUUUUGAAAUGUCCCGAGGAGUAGAUCAGUUACAAUGUGUCUGCCAUUAUCUGAUGACUUGCAUUGUGGUUUUCUGCAAGCAACCCAAGUUAACUUUGGUUCCUGUGAACUCCCCGUCUGGAGGAAUGCAACAUGAUGAUGGUGAUGACUUUUGAUCACUAUUCCAUUUAUUGCCUUUACAUAAGGUUGAGGGAAGGGGAAGGUUUUUAUUUGUUUGUUUAUAUUUUAAUUCGUUUUCAUCCCCCCUCCCCUACUCUUUUCUUUUGGUGGCUUCCACCACCCUUAAUGGUGACAGACUCCUCCUGAGCCUGCCACCUGGGGCUUCCUUAGGCUCACAGUUCAGAUCUGCAUGCAUUGCUUGCAUUGUUCUGGUAUCUGAAUGUUGAUUCCUCAUUAGGAGUUCAGCAUUAAUUUCCAAAAUUCUCAUGGGGCUUGUGGCACCGCGAGCCGUGAAUCUGUGUAUAAAAUUUACUGGCCUUCUUCACUUACCUGCUCUAGUAUCGUAUUGUGUGUGCGUGCGUGUGUGACGUCAGGCUGCCACGUAACUUCAGAGAAGAACCUUAAAGCAGACCGUCCAUUUUUGCAUGCUCUCUUCUAAGUAGAAUGUUCACUGUAACUAACGAAAAUUGCAUGUUAAAGAGACCUAGGUUCUUUUUUUCUUUCUUUCUUUCUGUUUGCUUUUGGUUUCCUGUAUAUUUGCUUACUGUGCUGUUCUAGUGGUUGUAGGGUAAAGACGCACUGGUGAAGCAGUCGUAGCGCCGACAGAAGGUGAUUCCAGUUGUAUAUGUCACGCAGCAUUCGAAGGGACUGUGCACGCUCUAAAAAUCACAGUUGCUUCUAAGCCAGAUUUCAUUUCUAUUCUUGUUUUAUGUGCCAAACCCCAAAGUGCAUUGGGCCUGAAUCUCUGAACACUGUAGACCCAUUAGAAAGAAGACUGCUCUGAUCGUCACAGAUUGUAGUGCCUGAAAACACUUACACUGAUUGUCAAAGAGAUGAAAGUCCUCUAAAGAUGACACAGGAAAAACACUCAAAGUAAUCAUGGCCGAGAUGCCUGUGGUCCUUGGGAAUGCUGCGCUCCGUUUUCUCCAUCAUUGGUGCAGUUCGGACGGACGAGUAGAGUUCAGAGGUCUUCGUGUUCACAUUUGAAACUAGAUAAACGACCUCAUUUUUUGAGCUUGAAUUCAUUUUUAAUUUUAAUUUUAUUUUAUACAAUGUGUAGAUGGUUCCCUGUUCUCUGCAUUUAGAAGUAUACACAGUACAACUCUGUUAAUUCUGUAAGUAAUUUUUAUAAUUAUGAUGUAACUACCCUUCCUUAAAACAUUCAAAAUAAACCCUUUAUGUGCACCUUGUGGC